AUGAGAUCAUUGGAAUGCGCUGAUUCCAUUCCUCUCCUCCAUUCGAAUGAAAAGAGUGAUAUGCAAUUCAAACAGCCCAAGAAAGGGAUCAAUUGGGUGAUUGCGGCCGCUUUUAUAGUGGCGGAUAUGGCCGGCGGAGGAGUGGUUACCAUGCCUGUGGCAUUACUCAAAUCGGGUGGGUAUCUUCGCCCAACUGCGUAUCUCUAUAUUCCAGGGGGUCUAAUUGGUGGACUGGUCAUCUUUGUUGUGGCGACUGCCUUCUGUUACACUGCUCAUUUACUUGGCGAGAACUGGACCAUAAUGAAGAAGAGGUGGCCAGAGUAUUCGUCCCAUUGCCGAAAGCCCUACCCUGAGAUGGCCUUCCGAGCGAUCGGACCGAAGGCCCGCCUUCUCACCGUCGGCACCAUCCAUGCCAUGUUGUUCGGGGUCAGUGUUGUCUACCUUCUUCUUUCCGCCAAGAUCAUCAACAAUUUAAUCAGUUCUUUGAUGAGUUUUAACAUCGGGGAAUGUCGUAUGUUGGUGGCAUUGGCUGUUGUAUUGUUCCCAGUUACUCUACUCAAAUCGCCGCAAGAUUUCUGGUAAGAGGUGUCUGAUUUUUAUGUUGCCAGGAGCACCAUCGGAAGCUCCGAAAUCAAGAUUUUUUUUUUAAUUACAAAUUUUUGCAAUUUGUAAAGAAAGUUUGGCUUGGGGGCGUGAAGGGCAGUGACCCUAAGCCACGGCGUCUUCCGAUCACGCCUCUACAGCAAGUCUCAUUUGGCGAUAGACAGUUUGUGCACUACCUUUGUUGGACAUAUUUUUUUUACUUUAGGAUUGCCGUGGUUUUGGCAAUGGUCACUACCGUAAUCGCAGUCAUUCUGAUUGUGGCUGGAAUACUGAAAGAUCAUGGCGUAUGCGGUGUCAAUGCCCAUUUUCCCUUGUUCAAUUCUGAAGAGUUCAUCAUGUCCUUGGGCAUCUUCAUGUUCGCUUUUGGAGGUCAUGCCGUUUUCCCUACCAUAAUCAAUGAUAUGAGACGUCCUAAAGAGUUCACUAAGUCAGCGUUUUUAGGCUUCCUUGGUAAGAUGAUUAACUUGUGGUCGUCCCUUUACACUAAUUACAUAAUAUGUCAUCGUAUUCUAGGGGUCUGUAUCUUAUAUCUACCAGUUACUGUACUCGGUUAUGCAGUUUAUGGUGAUUCCUUAACCGAUUCCAUAAUUUCAUCUAUCCAAUCGAAACAGAUCCAAGAAGCAGCUAACCUCUUCAUCGCUGCCCAUUGUGUUUUAACACUAACAAUCACUAUUAACCCGCUCAACCAGGAGCUCGAGAACUCUCUUGGUCUUCCUCAUGGCAAGUUUUGGUCAUCUUAUCGUAUCAGCAUACAUAAUAUGUACAUAUAUGGAUGGCGCAAUCUACAGUUUUUUUUGUCUUGACUGGCAGAAAGCUCGAUUUGUUGAAUGGAGAGCUCUGGGAAAUUCUUGACUCGGAUUGCGUAACGUUGCGAGACCAAGAAAUCGGGCUUUCUGCCAGUCGAGACAAAAAUGUGUAGACCACACCAUUCUUAUUCUGUUGUAAUUUGCAGGGUUUGGAGUGGGUAGAGUCGCUGUACGUGCCUUUAUUUUAUCUUCGGUCACCUUCUUGGCCUUAUCGAUACCCAGUUUUGGACCUUUACUCAACGUUAUUGGAGGCACCACAGUGGCUCUUACAUCUGCCGUGUUACCAUGCCUGUUCAGCAUGUUUUUAAAAGCCAUGGAGAGAGAUGUGACCAAGGCAGGCUACCUUUCCUUGGCCCAGGCUAUCAAAUUAACUCCAUGGCCUCGACUGAUAGCUAACUUUCUUGUUAUUGGUAUGUAACAUUUCAAUUACAACCAUCAAUCUGUCGGAAAAAUAAUGAGUAUUCUGUCGCAUCGAAACUCGCAUCGCAGCCGAGAGAAUGAAUUGUGUCGCAAUGCUUUUCACCUCAGCGACGCGAUGGGGUUUCCACAUUGUGUUCAUUAUUUUCCCGACAGACCGAUAAUCGAGAUGGGUUUAUUUUUAGUUCUUGCUAUUUUAUUCGGCACAGUGACGACGAUCUCCGCUUGGAAAGAUCUUUACGUCUCCGAAAUGAGUGCUCCUUGUUACUCUAUGAAUUAUCAUAUCACAAUUUCGCAGACAAAUCAUUGUUGUGGGCCUUUCAGAAAUAUUUCUUCUAUUGGAGAAACGUGUUAUGUACAUUUAAAAUAAAAGCGUGGUAAAAAGGAAUACCCCAAAUAAGAAAUAAAAAAAAUCGCUAGCUUUAUCGGAAAUGUUUCAUGGUAUAAAAUGUCACUAAAAAUAUAAUUGGAAGGAAAAACAGAAAAUUUUUCGGAAGAAGCUAGAAUUAUCAACGAUGAGAGUUCCUAAAGGUGCACCAGUAGCCGGAUUACUUUAUUGGAAACAAAAAUUUCCAUUCCUCAACAGAUUCCAACGUCCAACGAUGGGAACUGCAGCAGUCGGUGGAUGCGUCGGUCUAACAAUACUCGGAAUUCUAGUCAUGAUUGUCCAACCAUACGUCUACAACGAUUAUUAUAAGGGGGUUCAGGCCCACAAGAGAUCGCUGAUGAAUGCCGACCGGGAGAAACUUGCGAAUGGCCUCCGACCCUGGUCCGAUCCCUUCAAGUCUCCAAAAUAAUAAUAUACCUGUUUGUAUUCCUUCGUGUUUUUUAUAUUUGUUGUGUGUCAUUUUUUCUUUUAGGAAUAAAUAUUUCAGCUACAUGUCAGACCAAAACCUAGCAGAACAGGGUCCGCUUCAGAACGAUGAAGAAGGGCAAGGAGAUGAGCAACAUGGAAAGGAGAAACAGAAGAGGGAAUACAAUCAGUUCGAUCUCAGUGUAAUCCCAGUUGAUGAAACUGUAAGUUUAUUUUAAACUGGAGAGUCUUAUUUUAGGAUAUUGAUCUUACUCACACCGUUGCCGACCGCAUUCCUGAUCUCAGCCGCUUUACCAAGCUUAAGGUAAGUUUACGAAUUUUUUUAAUAUAAAUUUUUUUUAGAAUUUGUCUUUACGGACAAAUCUGAUCAAGGAGAUUAAUGAGAACGUCAGAAUCACUCAAUUAACGGAGAUUGAUCUUUAUGACAAUCAGAUCGAGAAGGUCCAGAAUCUCGACUGUCUCAUCAAUUUGGAGAUAUUAGACUUGAGUCACAACAGAAUAAGAACCAUUGAGGGUAAUCGUUCAUCUUUUUAUGCAAGUCGUUUAGGUCUCGACAAUCUCAAGAGUCUAAAGAAGUUGUACUUGGUUUGUAAUAAGAUCACUUCAUUGGCUGGUCUCGAGAAUUUGGUGAAUCUGGAACUCUUGGAAGCUGGAGAUAACAAGAUUAAGGUCAUCGAGAAUAUUGGUCAUCUCAAAAAAUUGAAAGAGCUUUAUUUGGGAAAGAAUAAGAUCUCGAAAUUGGAAAAUCUGGAGAAUCUACAAGGCCUCAAAGUUCUGAGUGUACCGGUAAAUUACUUUAUACUGUUGGCGUUCACUAGGCUUUUUCAGGGUAAUAGAUUGACUUCUUUGGGAGACAUUUCUUAUCUCAAAGAGUUGGAAGAGCUUCACAUCAGCUCUCAAGGAAUCGAAGAUAUCAGUGGAAUCGAACAACUUGUGGGUCUUGAGUAGAAAUUUACAUCCAUUAUUUAGACUAAUCUCUCCAUUGUGGACGCGGGCGAUAACUCAAUCUCCGUUAUUCCACAACUUUCAAAACUGGAGAAUCUUGAGGAUUUGUGGCUGAAUGACAAUAAGAUCAGCAGCUGGAAGGAAAUUGAGAAAUUAGGUUCGGUGAAAGCCUUGCGGACUUUAUACUUGGAGAGGAAUCCGAUUUAUCAUGAAGACCCCACGGCAUACAGAAGAAAGGUCAUCUUGACGUUGCCUCAGCUUACACAAGUUGAUGCCAUCGCUUGUAAACCAACCUGA